AAUGAGCAAUGAAGAAAUCAAGAGGGCAAUCCUGGAGAUGGAUGAGAGAGAAGAGCUUGCUAAAGAUAUGCUGGAGCAGCUUUUGAAGUUUGUCCCAGAGAAAAGUGAUAUCGACCUGUUGGAGGAGCACAAACAUGAGCUGGAGAGGAUGGCCCGGGCUGAUCGCUUCCUCUUUGAGAUGAGCAGAAUUGACCAUUACCAGCAGAGACUGCAGGCUCUGUUCUUUAAGAAGAAGUUUGCAGAGCGUCUUGCUGAAACAAAGCCUAAGGUUGAAG